AUGAUACCCUCGUUAUUCCAUGGCAAUGGUGGCCACUAUAACUUACUAAAUUUAUACCACUACUAUAUCACCACGUUACUACUCAUUUCUCAACUAUCGUAUGUCAAUGCAGCCUGGUAUCUUCCUGCAACACUGGUUGGUUGUUACUCAAAGAUUUCCAAUGGCGAUUCACAAGGAGAAUAUGAUUUUCAAUCUUCUGGCUAUUGUUCAUCUGUUGGUUGUCCAAGCAGUCAAUAUAUUGCUAUAAAGGGGAAAGAAUGUAUUUGCUUAUCAAGUUUACCUUCAAGUUCUGAUAAAGAAGAUAGUUCAAGUUGUAAUAUUGCAUGUCCUGGUUAUGAUUCAGAAAUGUGUGGUGGAUCAAAUGCUUAUUCCGUAUUUGUUGGUGAGGGAAACAGUGAUGAUGAUUCUUCUUCUGCUGCAUCAGAUAGCCCUUCUUCGUCUUCUUCGUCUUCUCCAUCUUCUUCCACAGGUGACGGUGGUGGUGCUACUGCUGCUGGAGGAAGUAACGACGCAACUUCAUCAAUAACGUCUAACAAUCAACAAUCUGGUUCUACCCUGGCUGGUGGCAGUGCUAGCUCGUCAUCUAACAAUGCAGCUGGAGCAUCAGUUACAUCUACUCAAACAAACACCAACAGUCGUAAUCCAGCGUCAACAGUAGUCACAAGUACUGUUAGUUCUAGUGGUGAUGAUGAUGGAGGUGUCAUUAUUAGAACAGUCACUCAAAGCGCCUCAUCAUCAUCUUCAUCCUCAUCGUCAACAUCACCAGCAUCAUCAUCUGAAGCAAAUACACAAACAGUUACCUCAUCUGGAUCAAAAUCAACUUCAUCAAGUGAUGGCAAAGACUCAGACUCAGACUCAAGUAAAGGAGGCAAUAAGUCCUCUACAGGUGCCAUUGCCGGAGGAGUGGUUGGAGGAGUAGUUGGAGCAGCACUUUUAGCUGGAGUAGCAAUCUUCUUUAUUAGGAAAAAGAGAUCCCAAGAUGAUUACGACGACGAUUAUGAUGAAGAAGGCUUUUACACCGAGAAAUCAGACUUUGGUGGAGGCGCAGGAGCAGGAGUAGGCGCAACAGCAGCAACAGGAGGAGGAGGAGCAGGUGGGGGAUCAGUUUCAAGGACACUUGGAUCACAUAAAGGAUCCAGAAAGAACAAUAAACAAAAAGCAUCGUCACCUUUGGAUAUGCCAAUGGUUAACCCAUUCCAACAUCCGGAUGAUGACUUGGUACUGAAUAACACUUCAACAACAACUACAGGAGGAAAUCCAAGUAUACGACAACAGUAUCCCGUGAGUGGAGCAGGAAAUGGAGAAUUUGUGGAUCCAAGAUUAAACACAGUAAUGAUGGGCAGAAGAAGAUUAUCAGACGGGUCAUUGGCAGAUGAAACUACAAAUGACUAUACCCGUAAAGUUUUACAAGUGGCCAAUCCCGAUGAAAGCUGA